AUGGUGCAAUUACGCUCUGGAUUCGGCACUCACCAGGUGUUCAGUUGGAUUCUCAGCGCAUUUAUGGUCCCUGUCACAAUGUACACGUUUUAUCCGUUCCACACGCCCUAUUUCAUGAUUGGUGAGUCACUUUUUGAAGGAUUUUCAAUGUCUUUUAAUGCUAUUUGUGAAAAGUUGCCGGAAAAAAAAACCAGAGUGCACUACACUUUCUGACAAUUUCCAAGAACGUCUACAGCCUUCUGACGCACUUCCACCCACUUUAUUCUCGGCAAAAAGAAAACCGAUUAUUCGAUCAAUUUCAUUUCCCCCCCACCGCCGAAAAAGGAGUUUUCCCAAUAAUUUAUCAGUGUCCAGAAUAGAAUUAAAGCACCAUUUUUGAACUUUAAAGAGAUGAGAAAAACGCGUAAUCCGUUAGUCAUAAAAAGGAUGAAAAAGCACGGAUUUAUGCAGACUUUUGAACCGAGAUUAUCGCCCGUCGCUCCGAUUUUCGAGACGAUUCCCCUCAUUUUCAGUGCUCGUAGUUCUCAUAUUUCUCGGCGCCGCCCACUCAUUUGAUCAGUAUUCCAUUGAGAAAAUGAUAAUAACAACAAUAAUGAGAAGGCUGUAAACACACUUGAUGCCUUCCCGGAAAACGCUUUUCAAGCGAUUUUCCGGGCUCAAACCGAUGAUAUCACUUGAUAUUUUCCCUUCCGGAAAAGUCCGAAAAAUCAGUGGAAAACUCGGCCCUUAAUUAUGCUUUUUCGGCGGGUAAACAACAAUUUUGGUUUCGCCGUUUCGCACAUGCUCAUUAGCCGAAAAGCGGAAGAAAAACGUGCCGAUUUCGAGAAGAAAAAAGUUUUUGUUUUCGAAAACUCGGUGUUAGUCAUCUGUAAACAUUUAAUUGGGACUCUCAACUUGAGCGAAUGUUCGUAAAAUGUGAUGCAAAGUCCGCAAUGUCGUCAAAUUCAGUGUUUACCGUGUUUUUUUCGGCUAAAAGGCACACGUUUCUGCAAAUUGUCAUAAAAUUCAGUGUAAUGCAGACAAAUGAGAAUAUAGUAGGCGCUGGGCGUGAAAAAUGCGAGAAAUUUGCAAAUUGUCGUAAAAUUUGAGGUUUCUUGAGUGUUUUUAGUGUAAAUCUUUGUAUUUCUCCCUGAAAUCUAUUUUCGGAAGCGAAAAAUUCAAUCAAAAACCGCUCGGAAAACAUGAAAAUCAGGCGGUUUUUGGAGCGGCGAAUUACGUCAGCAAGCGCAACUUUAUCCGCGAAAUUCACCUGCGAAUUUGUGUUAUUUGGCCGUGAAAUACGGAUUUCUGACCGCGCGAGAAUGAAAAAGACGGAAGACGCCGAAUUUGACGACAAAAUGCACUGAAAUUUCCAAAUGUCGUAAAAUUAAGUGUAAUGUGACCGGAAAGCGUGAAAUUUGACGGAAAAUCGCAGAAAAAUACAGUGCUUGAAAGAAAUUGAGUGAUUUGCUCGAAAAAACGAGAAAAUUGUUUCAGCAGUGCCGGUAGUCUACUUUCUGAUCUACAUUCUCGUAAUUUCGAUGACGAUCUACGAGCCGGCGACGGAUGAGCUCAAAACAAAGGUUAAAUACAACCGUAAGCACAUUUUUGGGGAAAGGAACCGUUUUUAUUUUUGAAAAUCAUUUUCAGAUUACAAAAGAAAGCCGUUUGUUUCGGGCGAAGGUCGGCAUGUGAUCGUCAACUCGUUUUGCACGAUUUGUGAAGUUCGGACGUGAGUUUGACACAUUUUCCUAUUUAAAAAAAAACGACAAUUUUCAGACAAAAAGAGACAAAACACUGUAAACUGUGCAAUUUUUGCAUCGACGACUUUGAUCACCACUGUAUUUGGCUCAACAAUUGUAUCGGCGGACGGAAUUAUCGGUGAGCAUGAAAAAAGGCGCGGAAAAACAAAAAAGAGUUGCGCCGGCCGGGAAUCGAACCCGGGCCGCCCGCGUGGCAGGCGAGCAUUCUACCACUGAACCACCGGCGCGAUGGAAUAAGCUGCCGUCGAGGGUAAUGAUAAGACCGCAGCAUUUCUCGUUGCAGGCCGUUCGUCGUCCUCGUUUCUCUCGUCUGGGCAUUCGCAUUUUCGUCGUUCGGCCUCACUUCGUACCUCCUAAUUUCGUGGUUUGUGAGUGCCGACGCGCCCCGAGUCGUGGAUAUGAUGAGGCAGGGAGGUAGGGCCCAAAAACUGCUCAAAAAAAGGUGAAAAAGUGGCAAAUUCGCAGCAGAUUGGCAGCAAAUCGUCUGGAUGCUCUGCUCGUUCGUCUGCCUCUUCAUCUAUUUCAUAUUGACAGCCACGACGAGCCAUUUAUUGCAUUUCCACUUCAAAUUAUGUGAGUUGUUGCGAAAAAGCUUAAAAUUGGUAAAGUAGGUACCGUAAUCCUCACUCAUUCAAAUGUGUUUCAGUUCAAAUGGGCCUAACCACGUACCGAUACAUGGCUUCGCGACGACGAGUGGCAAAGGUGAGGCAGAUGACGUUUUGCUGUUGUGUUUGCACUGUUCAGAAAACAAAGGUGAAUUCGGGUUGUCCGUCUGUACACACCGUAUUUUACGACAAUUCAUCUUUUGAAGCUACCGUAUCAAAUUAGACACAAUUCUCCACACGCGUUCCGUUAUUUUGAGUGUUUGUAGGGUUCCGGAGCAUUUUUUCGUGAGAUUACUCAUCAUUUUUCACAAUUCCGGGGCCCCCAGUAGACUAGAAAAGUAGUGCAAACACCAUUAUCGCCUACCGUAACCUAAUUAGCAGGUCGGCGCCAUCUCGUACGUGUCGCCGACAAACACGCGGACGAACGAGACGCAUCCGGACGGCGCCGUGAAGAUCAUCAACGAAGACGGUCUGCGGAUGAACGAGCGGCCGACGGAGGACGACGGACCGCCGCCGAGCUCCCCGGUCUCGCAGACGGUCCGCGUCGAAAUCGAGCCGCCCACGCCGAACGGAUCGACGACCGCCAGCUACAGUAAUCCCGCAUACGUCGCCUAG